GGUGGGCGGCCUCUGUACGCGCUCUGUUCUCUCUCGUAUAUCACCGGUGAAGCGCAGUUUUUUGGGUUUUUUUUUUUUUGUUAUUUGCGUUUUUUUUUUUCCUCCUCCGGGGCAUGUAGACCGACCCUCCCCUGGACCCGAGGCCGAAGAUGCAGCUCCUCACCCCGCAUGUUUACUGGGCCCAGCGCCGCGGGGAGAUCUUCCUGCGCGUGGACCUGUGCGACGCCAAGAACCUGAGCAUCAGCGUGGAGGAGAACACCCUGCAGUUCAGAGCUCAGGGACACGGAGCCAAAGGAGAGAACGAGUACGAGUUCAGUCUGCAGUUCAGAGAGCCCGUCAAACCAGAGGUGCAGCACCGGUCGACCCAGCGGCAGGUGGACAUCAGGGUGCGUAAACAGGCGGAGCGCUGGUGGGACCGGCUCACGCAGCAGGAGAAGAAGCCGCUGUUCCUCGCCCCAGACUUCGACCGCUGGAUGGACGAGAGCGACGCCGAGAUGGAGCUCAAGAAGAAGGAGGAGGAGAGGAUCAGCAGCAUCAGUGUGGAGUCCAGAGUUCGCAAAGACCCGUUCCUGGGGGUGAAGCGGGGGUAUCUCUUCAUGUAUAACCUGGUGCAGUUUUUGGGUUUCUCCUGGAUCUUCGUCAACAUGACCGUGCGCCUCUGCAUCCUCGGACAAGACUCUUUCUACGACACGUUCCACACCACCGCAGACAUGAUGUACUUCUGUCAGAUGAUGGCCGUGCUGGAGAUCAUCAACCCUUUACUGGGUCUGGUCCGGACCGGCUUCAUCCCCGCGCUCAUGCAGGUGACCGGGAGAAACGUGAUCCUGUUCGUGAUCUUCGGCUGCGUGGAGGAGAUGCAGAACAAGGCCGUGGUCUUCUUCGUCUUCUACAUCUGGAGCUGCAUCGAGAUCUUCAGAUAUCCGUUCUACAUGCUGGGCUGUAUGGGCACAGAGUGGAAGCUGCUCACGUGGCUGCGCUACAGUCUGUGGAUUCCUCUGUACCCGCUGGGCGCCAUCGCUGAAGCCGUGGCCGUGGUUCAGUCUCUGCCCGUGUUCGACGAGACUCGGAUGUUUUCUCUCCCUCUGCCCGUGGCCCUCGGAGGCUCCCUCAGUUUCUCGUAUUCUCUGCGCCUCUACCUCAUCCUCAUGUUCCUGGGUCUUUUCACAAACUUCCGUCACUUGUACAAACAGAGGCGACGGCGAUAUCGCUCCAGGAAGAGGAAGCAGCUCUGAGCCGGCCGGCGCCAACUCUGCAAACUUUUAUUUUUAUUUAAUUUAAAACGAGUCUAAUGAAGUAUACAACGUCCAGUCUGUCCUCUGGAGGGCUGGAACAGGAACUGAUAUCGAAUCACAAUCACCACGUUUACAUGAUGUUUUUUAAUUCAGAAUUAAUUGUUUGGAAUUUUUACAUGGAUAUAAUAAUUCGGAAUUGCCUUUAUUUAAUUCCGCUCAGCGUCUGGGGGUGGGGAAGGUUCUGAUUGGACAGAGACACCAACAUAUUUACAUCGACCGGAAGAAAACACCCGACUUUUCUGUCAUCCACGGACACAAACGCCGUCCAAACUUUUUCCGCAGUCGUUCCGAUGAUAAUUACCGUUUGUUUCUAUACUACAAAACGCGCCGGAUUAUAAGGCCCAAUAUCAGUAAUGUUGAAUUCUCUCGUCUAUUUUCAGAAGGUGCAAGCGAAUUUAAACAGUCAAAACUUUAUUCAACUCAUUCACAAUAACUUCGCCCGGGCUGGAGUGUGGAUCGGGCUUUAGUUUUUCUGUCCAAGCCCGACCCACGUCCAGCAGAGCAGAGAUCGAAUCCGACCCGAGCCCGACACAAUUAAAAACACGCUAUUUUCACAAGCCGACUAAAGACACAUGUAGGAUAUUGUUUGUGUUCCUCUAACAGACACAGAGACGCAAAAUACAAACUCAGGAUAUAUUGAAAAUAAUGAGCAGACUUUAAAUUUAACACUUCACGAGAAGCGAGGAAUAAAGUGCAGCAUCUCAUCCGCAUUAUCCACAGAAAUCGUCCUCCGCAAAUAAUGACCCCAGUCCACAAAACGGCGCUCUUAAUCCAGAUUGAAGUGUUCUUUAAAAGUAAAAAGGCCGGAGUAGUUCCUCUCAUGUGUCUGUUUACAUCCACACAGCGCACUGAUCGAGUUGAAGCUGCAGAUUCUCCACAGUGACUCGACUUCCUGUGGACUUUUAUGCUUUAAAAAUCCCGUAUCUGAAGUUUUGCACCACAUUUCACAAAUAUAAUAACACGGUUUUGACUUGUAUCUAAACUAGAAGUGCAGAGUCUGAUCUUUUGAACACUUAAAACUCUCAGAGCGACUGGUUUUACUGUCGACAGGAAACAGCUGACGCCAUCACAGACUCACAGGUUUAUAUCCUGUGGUCCACACACUGAUCCCACUGCAGACUUUGAGAUCAGAAGUUUUAAGUCUCAUCAGAUUCUCCUCGUGUGUGUGGUGAGAGCUUUUUGUCACACACUUAAAGGUUGUAUGGAGGAUUUUUUUUUUGUUUCAAACUGUCAGUGAAAGAUUAAAAUACCAUUACAGAGACGCAGCAGCUUUGUAAUUAUGAUGACCAAAAAAAAAAGAAUGAAAAUCUAUCAACUGUGGACGUGUUGAGGCCAGAUAAACAUCAGCCAAUAGAAAACGAGGCUCCCUCAUUUUCUAUUGGCUGUUAGGUUGUCAAUCAAACUCCCUAGUGUAACUGACUCGUCGGAGCGCGGGGAUUACGUGGUUUACGCAGCGGUUCUUAGAGGCUUUUUCGAACUGUCGCUUCCUCGCAUUUCGCACAAAGUUUGUCGCGACGGCGGACGAGAAUCCACGACCGGUUCGCCGCAAAAGAAAGUCCGUUUUUGAGGUCGCUGAAAGAAGAAGAGAAGAGGAAAAGGAGCGAAGACAAACUGAGGUGAUUCUUGGAGAUCUCGUCCAGCGAUGGCGCGACCGAAGCAGACGAAGGGUCUAAAAACUGACGCGUCGGUCGCUGAAUUACUUCUAGACAGGAAACUUCAACAGUAAUUCUGAACGCGCACAAGGACUGUCGCUGUAUUUCUCUUCCCUUAAAAAAAUCCUCUAUACAACCUUUAAAGAUGAAUGAAUGAAUGAGUGUUUAUUCGGACAGUAAUACAUAGAACAUGCACAGAGAACAUAAAUACAUAGAUAUAACAUAUAAAGUAAAUAUUUCUUCUCUGUAAUAAGUGAAAAUAAAUCUCACGCAGAUUUUCCUUGUGUCUGAAAAAGGAGUGGGAGGAAGUAAAUACUUAUUUAACCCCACCCCUUUUUUCUACCGUCCCAAAAUCGUUUAAGACUGAAAAAUCCUGUAGCGUGUUGUGACCUUGAGCUGUGUUUAAUUUUACAUUUCGAACGUCUUAUCGCUCUGAUGUGUCCGAGUCCGACCAGUGCCCGAACGUAAGUUAUAAAUAUUUGCCCGAACCCGUCAGACUUCGGUCGGGUUCCAUGCUCUAGCCCAGGCGUCCACGAUCCGUCGGCAGAUCGUGGUGUAACUCGCCCGGCGUCGCCUCCCUGUCUUGGUGAAUGUGUUCCUUUCCUGACUACGGCGACCGAACUUCUCCGACAAUCCAUCGAGCGGUGCGGCUUCGUAUCUUACCAAAGUCGUACUAAAACAUUUUGACAGAUUUUUGAGCGCCGUGUACCACAUAAAAUCGGUUUGAGGUCAGUAAACACAACCAGAGUUAAUACAUAAGGCGCACUGUCGAUUUUUGAGAAAAUUAAAGGACGCUUUACGUCUGUCGGCUGAGGAGGAGGAGGAAGAAGACAGAGUGAGUGUGAAGCUGCUCUACCUCAGCCCACAUCCCGCUCACAAAUCCAAAGAGACGAGGAUCAAAGUCCCGAGACGCGACUGAUGGAGCCGGAUCGAAGGACGACACAACGAGCAUGAACUCUACGACCGGGAUUAUUUUUAACCAGAAUAAACGUGAAACAUGAUCCAAAAAUGAAUUAAUUCGGCUUUAAAAUCGGGAUAAACCACCCACUUACUUCGGAAUUAAGCUGAAUUCCGAAUAAUCACUUUCAUUAGGAAUUAAGUGUUUACAUUUUCUUUUUAAAGCGGAAUUAAAUUAUUUUUAUUCGGAAUUAAAUCUCUCAUGUAAACGUGGCAAUUCUCAAGUUUAAAUUCACUGUUUUGGUGCAGGAACAGCUAAAAAAAACCAGAAGGAACUACAUAGACCAUGAUCCUUUGCUCUGUUCCGGCGCAGGCUACAUGAAGAAAUAAGUUUUACGAAGUACUUUUAAAAUCUUAAUUCUUUCACAAAACCAAAGGCGUUUUAAAAAGAGAAAAUAGCGGUGUUACGUUCACAAUUCUGUCAGCUUCCACACAAAAAAUCGCAAUAAAAACCAUAAGGAGGAGAGCGAUACUUUGCCGUGGCGUCGCUCCGGGGGUGUUCUACGUGCGUGUCUGCGGCGGAAUGUUCAGCGGACACGACACGAACGCUGUCGGAUGUUUAAAGACGGUCUGAAAACUCAAGAAAAAAUAAAAUGAGUCAGUUUUUUCUGGUCAGAUUGUGUUAAAACAAAACUUAAGUCUCACAGAGUUUCAGACGGAGCAGUGCCUCCAGUUAGCGUCACACCCCCAGGGGAACGUCGCAAAGUCUCGCUGUCGUACGGAGAGAUUCAGACAUCGUUACGUCCCUCUUUCAAUUUUUAAAAGGGUCCAAACUUUGAACGAAAUCUUUAAUAACUGAAGCCUUGAGUUUUUCAUUCCUACGUUUCUAUGACUUUGUCCGUUUGGUGUUUUUAAUUGUUUUUCUUAAUAAUAUUUAAUGUUUUGAUUAUAUUUAUUUACUCAAAGUGCCUGUGACGGGUUUACGUGACUUUCUAAUUCUGGUUGGUUUGUUUUUAAGCGGCAGUUUGUAGAAAAAUGCGUAAAUAAGCAGCGUCGAGUUCUAAAAUCACGAUUGCACAAAACUCGUCCAAAUGCAGAGUUUAGAAAGUUUACGCACAAAAAACGACUUUUUCUGUGAGUUUUAAACAACGAGGAGCAGGUUUAAUCCAGGACUAGACCAAGACCAAACCAGGUCUACGUCCGAACUAAACUAAGAUCAGUCCAGGACUAAAUUAGAACAGGACUAGGAACAGGAACACGACUAAAUUGGGACUAGAACAGGACCAAACCAAGUCUACAUCUGAACUAAACCAGGACUAGAACAAGUCUAGACCAGGACUUGAUCAGGACUAGAACAGGACUAAAUUAAACCAGCACUAGACCAGGACUAGAAUGGGACCAGACCAAGUCUACAUCUGAACUAAACUAGGCUCAGUCCAGGACUAAAUUAAACCGGGACGAGAACAGGACUAAACGAGGACCAAUCCAGGACUAAAUUAAACCAGGACUACAGUGGGACUAGAACAGGACUAGGACAGGACCAAACCAAGUCUACAUCUGAACUAAACCAGGACUAGAACAAGUCUAGACCAGGACUUGACCAGAACUAGAACGGGACCAAACCAAGUCCACAUCUGGACUAAACCAGGACUAGAACAAGUCUAGACCAGGACUUGACCAGAACUAGAACGGGACCAAACCAAGUCCACAUCAGAAUUAAACCAGGCUCAAUCCAGGACUAAAUUUGACCAGGACUAGACCAGGACUAGAAUGGGACCAAGCCAAGUCCACAUCUGAACUAAACUAGGCUCAGUCUAGGACUAAAUUAAACCAAGACUAGAGGGACUAGAACAGGACCAAGCCAAGUCUACAUCUGGACUAAACCAGGACUAGAAUAGGACUAGAACAAGUCUAGACCAGGACUAGACCAGGACCAAGCCAAGUCUACAUUUGAACUAAACUAGGCUCAGUCCAGGACUAAAUUAAACCAGGACUAGAACAGGACUAAACGAGGACCAGAUCAGUACUAGAGUGGGACUAGACCCAGACUAGGACAGGA